AUCUGAUCAGUAAAAAUGCAACGUUGCCUGAACAUAGUCACAGCUCUGCUACUCCUAGGACAAACCAUUGCCGAUCGACCCUACGAUGAGCACAGGGAACGUUAUAGCUCCUCCACAGUGGGAUUGUUGAAGCUGCUGGAACUAGAGAUGCAGUUUAUAGAGAACCUGAAGAGCUACACAGAUCUACUAUACGCAAAAGCAAAUACCUUACAAGAUUUCAUCGACUCUGUGGAUCGUGGAACGGAGAAAAGCCUCACUGAACGCGAGAAAUACGUAUCCAAUCCGCUGAAUGCCUUUGGACUGAUGAGACGCACGCAUCAGGAUUGGCCCAAAUGGCACAACUACAUAAAUAAUACUGUGGGAAGGGGUAAGGUACAAUCACUGGAUGAUAUUCUGGCCAAGGCUCCGGAUAGUCAGGAUAUGAAGGAGGCCCUGGUGGGCAUGCAACGGAUAGAAAGAACCUAUGGGCUGCAGGCCUAUGACCUGGCAAAGGGUCGACUGCAGGACAGGCAAUACGACACUCAACUAUCCAUUCGGGACUGCUUGGCCCUUGGGCAGCACAAGUUCCAGGAAGGCAACUACUUGCGGGCUUCUCUGUGGUACCGAAUGGCCCUCAAGCACGAACCCGAACCGAAUGCCGAGAUAUUCAAUGAGAUUCUGGGGGAUCCAUUGAAGGACUUGAAGCGGAACUAUGCCAAAGCCACCAUUAUAAAUGGACUAAUGGCAGGAAAUCGAUCUGCAAACAUCCAGGAGGUUCUGGACAUAACAGAGGAAGCGAUGCUCAAGUCUAGUCCAGCAGAGCUGGAUGCACUUAUAACGGAGUUGCUGAAUCAAUCAGAUGAUGAAAUGGCCAGGGAAAUGUCUGCCUCUGAGCCUUCGCCCACCCCCUACGAAAUCGGAUGUCGCGAACUCUAUCCGAAGCGCACGAAUCUCGUCUGUCGCUACAACAGCAGCACGACUCCAUUCCUGAGACUGGCACCACUGAAAAUGGAGGAAGUGAACCACGAUCCUUAUAUCGUCAUGUACCACGAAGUUCUCUUCGAUGGGGAGAUCGAGGAACUCAAGAAGCAGUCGAAGAAUAUGAUCAAUGGAUUUCCGGAGCCACAGCAGGAGAAUAAGAUCAGGCAGGUCAUAGCGCGUCAUGCCUGGUGGUGGGAGCAGACGCCGACCAGGGCGCGCAUCUAUCAACGGAUCACAGACAUAACAGGCUUUCGCUUAUUUGCGGAGGAGGAGCUGAAUGUGGCCAAUUAUGGCCUGGGCACUGUAUUUGGGCCCCAUUACGACUACACGCCCGAAAACUAUGAGACUGGCUGGUUCCUGGGCGGUCCCUUGGUCACCAUAAUUCUCUAUGCUGGCGAUGUGGCGCAAGGUGGUGCCACCAUCUUUCCCCUAAUUAAUAUCACUGUGUUCCCCCGAAAGGGCAGUGCCUUGUUCUGGUUCAACUUGUUCGAUGACGGCGAACCAGAUCCACGCAGUCUGCACUCUUCCUGCCCCGUAAUCGUGGGGGAUAGAUGGAUUCUCUCCAAGUGGAUACACAUGGUUCCCCAGAUGUUUAUCAUGCCCUGCAUACCAAGGAAACUAUUGUCACAAAAAGAAUAAAUAAAGUUUCUAUGAUUCUUUCAUAUGAAGGAAGGUAAA